AAUAAAAUAAAUAAGAUGAAUAAAGUUAUAAAAUUCCCUUUUUUCAGUGUCAAUAUUCAGUUAUACCGCAAGAAAGUAUUAUUCUAUGCUAGAAUGCUGUGUUGUGCUCUUUAUUUAUCUCUAACUGUAAUCUGUGUGGAAACAACUGUAAUUUGGACCAUAGCUGAUAAUGAAGCUGAGUUAUAUGAGAAAUUUAAUCCGUACUUAAACAAAAUAUCCUUGUACAGAAAAAGCUCCUUUGAAGUUUAUUUGCCAUUUGAUACUUCAUUAGACGGGCAUGCCUGGUUAAAUAGGAUUCCUGAAGUUCUUCGAAUUGUACUAUUGCAAACGUUUAUAGCAAUUGAUACCGCUUUAACUGGGUCUUUGAUUCAUUUAAUCAGCCAAACAAUGAUUGUUAACGAAGCCUUCAAAUACGUAGACAAAGAUAUUGAUACAAAUCAAACACUAAAAAAUAUUUUCCUUGUUAAAGAAAUUCGACUGGUUAAAUGUGUAAACGAAUUGCAGAAGAUAUACAGAGGGUUUGAAAUAUUAGAAGAAAUGUGCUCGUGGCAAAUUUUAAUACAGUGUGGAUUGGCCACGUUGUUAUUAUGUUGUUUAACUUAUAUCAUACCUCUGGUGACUAGUAAAACGGAAGGAUUUUGCUGCGUUGUUUUCUUAUGUGCUUCGCUAGGAAAUAUAUUUAUAUUAUCUUAUUGCUGCCAAACUCUUACUUUGGAGCUACAGAAUGUUGCAUUAUCAGUAUAUGAAACCGACUGGCCUUUUUAUCCUCUGAGAAUGAAAAAAAUUGUGUUAUUUUUAUUGAGGCGCUUACAAAAGCCGGCAUGUUUGACAGCAGGAAAAAUGUUUAGUAUAAAUCUAACUCUUUUCAAUUUGAUCAUUCAACGAUCCUACUCAUUCUACACAUUAAUAAACGCUUCGACAAAAAAGGUGUAAACAAUGAUAAGAAAGAUGACUAGUACAAAGACAACUCUAUUAAAUAUUUCAUACACACACACGAGCGCGCGCCCGUGAAACAGCAUAUUAUAAAAAUAAAAAAAAAUCUCAAAUGCAGUAUACACUUUUUAAACACUCAAUAAAAAAGUAAAUUUUUAAUUAAAUGUAUUCUAAUAAAAAUAAAGUAAAAUUA